GAUUCAUGGAAGCUACCCUUAUUGACAUAAACCCAUCUUCCUUCUUCGAAUCCAAUUUUCCUCGAACACCAAAAGUCAAUUCCUUUUACUUUAUUUGCCUCCUCUCUCUCUAAAACUCUCUCUACAUAUAAAUAAAUAAAUAUAUUUGUCAAGUCAGAUACUGAGAGCAGAUUGAAAGCAAAGCAAAGCGAGAAGAGAAUGUCAGGAGGCAUAGCACGCGGUCGUCUCGCCGAGGAGCGCAAGUCAUGGCGCAAGAAUCACCCUCACGGUUUUGUGGCUAAACCCGAGACGAGUCCAGAUGGUACGGUUAAUCUGAUGGUUUGGCGCUGCGUCAUCCCUGGUAAAUCCGGUACGGAUUGGGAAGGUGGGUAUUAUCCUCUGACGAUGCACUUCAGUGAAGAUUACCCGGGCAAACCACCGGAAUGCAAAUUCCCUCCGAAUUUCUUCCACCCGAAUGUAUACUCUUCUGGUAGCGUAUGCCUCUCCAUCCUCAAUGAAGCCCUUGGUUGGAGACCAUCGAUUACCGUGAAGCAAAUUCUGGUCGGCAUUCAAGAUCUACUGGACAAGCCUAAUCCAGAUAGUGCUGCCCAUCCAUAUAGCAAUCAGCUUUUCUUAAAGCAACGUGACGAGUACAAGAAACAGGUGUGCCAGCUGGCGAAGCGAUAUCCAGCUCCUGCCUGAUUAGUAUUAUUGGCAUGAUGUUAUCGAAUGAAGUAGUGUGCGUUUUUUUCUUUUGCAUAAAUAUCGGAUAAUAUUUGGAGUAAGUAGUGCUAUUAGGGAGCUAAAUAUGGUGUUGAUAUAUCUGUUUGUGGUAGAUUUGUGACUUUUGUGGUUUAGUUUCGGUUCUUAGUUAAGUAAUUCAAUUUCAUGGUGAAACACCAAUCUUGUAAUUUGGGGAAUUCAUGAUUCCAGUAUAUUAUGACUAAAUUACUAAAGAUUCCCUCUUCUUGUUC